GCCUUGCCCAUCCGUCUCCGAUCUCCCGCCUGUGUUCGAGAAACCACCGAACGGAUGUUCUUUUUAGGCAUCACCAUAAACUCUGUAGUCUGUCCGUCUGUCCCCCCUUCGGAGAGCGGAGCAAUCGAUGAUCCCCAUCAACGUGAGACAGUAUGCGCGUCUCUGGCAUUACGUGGACAGUUUUUUUUUUGUUAUCCAUACGUGUAUGCGUAGGUGGAUAUGGGUGUAUGGGUGUGUGUGUGUGUGUAAAUGCCGAAAUCCUAUCGACGAUAGCCUCGUGUUCUAAUUAUAACGGGCGGUUCGCACCAAGUUCGUUGGUUCCCCCAUCCAGCUGCCGAGGAGUAUACGAUUAUCUUGACCACUGGUAAACGAUUGCUUUGGCCAGCCAGUCAGCCCCAGGUACAUACCCCCAG